AUCAAUUCCUUUCCAAUUUGAAAUCAAUCGUGUUCACAUUUCUUUCUUGUUCUUACAACCAUUUUCUUCGCAUAUUUUGUCAACCCUCCAAUACAAAGUACACCAGUAGACUUAUUCUCGUUGAUGGAAAUUACUCCUUUCCCAUUUCUUAAUCAAGAGGAGUUUUCCCAUUUCUUGGGUCUGUUCCCUGAAAUGGAUAAUGGGAACACCAAUUUAAAGAAGCGGAGAAGAAAGGAAGACGAAGAGCAGAAGGGAGAAGAGUUAAACAAGAGUGCCUGGAGUGAUAUACUUACUUCCUUAAUUAUGUUAGAUGAAGAGGAGAAACGCGAACAAGAGCAAUGGUCCACCCAGUCUCACCAAGAUGAAGCUCUUUUGGAAGACAACCAAAAGCGAACUAAUCAUGCUAUGAAUGAUUACUUUACUCAAUUACAAGACCAAUAUGUUGAGUCGGAUGCAAUGGAUCAGUUGAGGACCAAACGGUGUCGUCGUGCGGCUUCGGUGGUCGCUACUACUGCUGUAGCUGCAGCUUCAUCGGAAGACACCACCGCUCUUCCGGAUAAUCCGAACCAGAACAAUUCGGGUGGGCCGAGUCACAGGCGGUUGUGGGUGAAAGACCGGUCCAAGGACUGGUGGGAGGAGCGUGACCACCAGGAUUUUCCGGACGAACAGUUUAAGCGUGAUUUUCGGAUGAGUAAGGCCACGUUUAACAUAAUUUGUGAGGAGCUAAAAUCGACGGUUAUGAAGAAGAACACCAUGCUUCGUGAUGCUAUUCCGGUUCGCCAAAGAGUGGCGGUCUGUAUUUGGAGGCUGGCCUCGGGUGAACCGCUCCGGGUCGUGUCGAAACGGUUCGGACUGGGGAUAUCCACUUGUCAUAAGCUGGUGCUGGAGGUUUGCUCGGCGAUUAAAACGGUCUUGAUGCAGAAGUAUUUACAGUGGCCCGAUGAGCAGAGAAUGAAACAAAUUAAGGAGGAAUUCGAGUCUUUUUCUGGGAUUCCAAAGGUUGGUGGAUCAAUGUACACAACUCAUGUACCAAUCAUUGCGCCCAAGGCCAGUGUCGCCGCUUAUUUUAAUAAGAGACACACUGAGAGGAACCAGAAAACGUCUUAUUCCAUUACUGUUCAAGGAGUUGUUGAUCCAAGAGGCGUUUUCACUGAUGUUUGUAUCGGGUACCCAGGUUCAAUGCCGGAUGAUCAAGUUCUCGAAAGGUCUGCUUUGUCUCAACGGGCCAAUCGCGGGCUUUUAAGAGAUGUUUGGGUCGUGGGAAAUUCUGGGUAUCCUUUAAUGGACUGGGUUCUGGUGCCUUACACUCAGAAGAAUUUGACAUGGACACAACACAAGUUUAAUGAGAAAAUUGGGGAGAUUCAGAGGGUUUCUAAGGAGGCUUUUGCAAGAAUGAAAGGCAGAUGGGCUUGCUUGCAGAAGAGGACUGAAGUGAAACUACAGGACUUGCCUGUCGUUCUUGGAGCGUGCUGUGUUUUGCACAAUAUAUGUGAGAUGAGAAAUGAAGAGAUGGAUCCUGAGCUCAAAUUUGACCUCUUCGACGAUGAGAUGAUUCCUGAAAAUAUUUUGAGGUCCCAAUCUUCUGCACAGGCCAGGGAUCACAUUGCCCACAAUCUUCUUCACCAUGGGCUUGUCGGGCCUUCCUUCUAGGUUGAAUUCUGUUUUUGCAAGACUCUUAUCAGAGUCUAGCUAUUCUUUUUGGGGUAUACCUUGUUGGUUAUUACAUAGUUAUGUUGUAUGUUGUUGUAGGAAUAAAUUAUCAUUGAAUUUUUUGAUGGGUUCGCUUCUGUAUAAAAUUUGUUUGCCCUCUUGGCUAAUAAAUGAUAAUAUUUGAUUUCUGUAU